UUUAGGGUGAUUUCACACUUGUGGUUAUAUAAAAGAAAAAUCAAACACAUGCCAAUCUAUUGGUUAAUUUUUUGUAGCCCUUUUUUAUUUUAAAUGUUUGCAAUGGGGGGCUGCUAUCGCAGUUGGUAGGCUAUAUGUUUUCAUGUGUGAAGCCUUUGAUAGAGAGAGAGAGAGAGAGAGAGAGAGAGAGAGAGAGAGAGAGAGAGAGAGAGAGAGAGAGAGAGAGAUUGUCAGAAGGAGGAAAUGAGACAGAAGAGUCUUGAGAGGCUCAUUUAUAGCUGAGAAACAGAUCUGUGCUGGUAAACAAAAGAGCUGCCCGUGUUAACUAUUUUCAUUCUAAACCGUAGGCUAUGUGUUAAGUCACUGAAACUCCCGGUAUCUGUCUCCUUAGGUGUGCUCAGCCUGUAUGACCACACCAGAAACCCGGAACCCGCGCACCUGUGAGCUGACGUCACCGGCUGAAAGUACCUGCAGCGACUCGUUGGGCUGAACUCCCUUUAGUGACUUAAACGACCUCAUAGAGACCGGACGAAGAGGACGCCACGACGACAUUUCGAGAAGGAAUAUAUUUGUAAUUGAUUUUCACAGUUUGCGUUCAUUCCCGGGAAUAUUUUAAUAGGAUUUACAGACUGAUGGGGGCCGCGAGGUUUGCGGUUUUGGCCGUUUUAAGCGUCGUUUUACAGGUGAGAUUUCCUGCUGUUGUCUCUCAGUGCUUCCCACUUGUCACUGUCUUGUAUGUAACUUUCUAAGCAACCUCUGACCUCUUUCCGAGCAUCAGGGUGGUUUUCAGAAGAGUUCAUUUGUUUUUUAAGUUUUCUUUUUUUCUUUUCUUUUUCAUUUUUUUUUAGCCGUGCAGGUUUUUCAGUGACGCUAAAAUCGUCAACCCUUGUUAGUCCCACCUCUUGAGGAUUUGUAUUGGUGUUAACUGCACGGUGAUAGACAGCGAUGGUGGAUAUGGGGGUUGUUAAUGGCGGACUAGCAUGUUAAUAAGUUUCGACGUAAGGUUUCAGAGCUAGUCUAUUAUCACGAGAAUUCACAAAGUAAUGUUUAUAGGUCUGUAAACUGUAGUAAGGUGGGUUGGAGUCGCCAUCAGUCUAUGGUCGCCAUCUUUGGUGUCUUCGUCCUCUCGCGAAGGUGUUGGGUCAAAACGGCCUCGCCCUUCUACCGUUGGUGACGUCGGCAGAUUAACCGAUAACCAGACAAGAACACCAACUUUAUAACUUUGUGUUGGUUUAAAAAGUAUUUCAAUUACAGUAAAGUACUUUAGAAAUAUCAACAGUUUGUUCGACAAUGUUUUCCAUAAGCCAAUUUGAGGAAUACUGUCCCGCUCCAACAUGGUGCAGUUUUUAGGAGACCAUGUUGAGACCAAAACCAAGGCCGAUUUCUCUGUAACUUUAGGUCACUUGGUAAUCACAGUUUCGGUUAUAUUUUUGUAUUGAAUAAAGGAAAAUUAUUUUUUGCAGUUAAAAAAAAGAAAAAAGAUUUAAUGCACUUAUUGCAUUGGUUGCCCAGUCACUGGUAGAUGGAGCUCAUUGACAGCCCGUUUUAGGCCAUUGUAACAUACAAAAAUGCCAAUAUUAAAGUCCCAUUUACCACCUGCUCUUAAGAAAAUCCAAAGUCUAUUUAAUUUCAACAAAACAUAAUGACAAUGUGAAAAUAUUCGGCAUUUGUAAGAGAUUAUGUGUAGUACAAAGUCAAACUAUUUAGUUCAACCUUUUUGCCUGUCUCUGCGGCACUUUUUCUUAUACUUGACUUUUAAUUCCAGCAUUUGAAUUUUGUUUUUCAAAAUGCUGAAUUGAUCCUUGAUGUCAGUUUUAGUUGUUGACAUGUAAUUUUCGAAGUCCGGCACAGUUCUAAAAGUUGAGCUUAAUGAAAUACUAAAGAAAAGAGAGUUUUGUCUUUGUUUCUCUGUAUGCCUGAAAAAAAAGAGUCUUUGGAUCACAUUGCUUGAGGAAAUCCAAAUGACUCAUCUCCAAGAAAUUGUAUCAGCAGAUAAGCUGAUCAGUGUUACAUGCAGCACUAGACUGACCCUAUGACUCACGUUUGGUGUGUCCACUUCAACUGGUGUUCAGAUUCAUUAAAACUAGAUCAGGCUAAAAAGGUUUUCCUGUACCUGACAUCUCCAGCACAUGUAGACUGGUUUGUUUGAAACAUUUUUCUGACUUUUAGGCCUCAGCUGAACUCACCACUGAGGAGCCAACAUGUCUGCCUGGAUUCGAGGCAGAUAUGAUGAUUUUCAAAGUGAACAGAAAGCACCUGAUACCAGGCAGGAGACUGGGCAGAGGUAAGCACAAACAGUGUGGAUUUUUUUUUUCUGUUCUGUAAAAACUGAAUUUGAAGAUUGUAAAUUCUUUAGAUGAACAUUGUUGUUACAGAGGCAGUCAGACAGCGGUCACAGUGAAAGAUAAAACUCCUCAGCUCUUGUUUAAGUACUCCUCAGACAGCCUUCGACGUAUUAGUUGUUCACAUUGUUCUCACAUGAAGCCCAAACAACCUCAGGUCUCAGCUUGCACCCACGAAGCUCUUCAUGUAAUGCUGCAGGGCAAACAAUGUCCUGAGCCUGUUUAGCAGGGUUUGCUUUUCGGAUGGUUUUAAACAUUUGAAGAAGAUUUCUUUGUUAAAUUUCUCCUUUAGUUGACUCAAGGGUGUGGUCUUGUGCAAUUCAAGCCAGUUUUUAAUUUGGUAAAACACUCAAACACAAUUAUAUUUAAUCCUAUAUCUCAGCUUUACCAGCAAAGUCUAUCUGCUCUCUGUUAUCAGCCAGUAUCAGCAAGUCUUGGUGAUCAUGAUACAGACUUAACGACUAAAUCUAGAGGCCAAACUGAGCUUACCUCAAAAGGAUUAGCUUCUUUUUUAGCCUUUAAAAAUGCUGCUUUAGCUGUAAAGGGCUAUUCAAAAUUGGAACAUAUCCCAGGAUGCUUUGUUCUCAACAUGGGGGUUACUUGCACACAGAAGCACUGAUAAGUAGAAUCCACUCAGAGGUAUGUUAACUCUGUUGAAAGUCCUUGAAUGCAGUGUGACUUGAAUGUGUUGGCUUCAGUUUGUAAACUCAACACAGAAAUUUGCCUAAUUUUCUUCCCAGCUCAACAAAACAGGUCACUUCCUCUUUUGUGUGAGCUUACAGUAUGCCACAGGUCACCAGAUUUUCUCAAGGGUCAGUCCUCACAUCCUGUACACUGUUGCUGGCAGGGGGUUAUAGACACACACAGCCUAACAGUCAAUUUGCAAAGAAGUCAAAAUAAGGAAACACAGGCAGGAGACAGUGUCUUUGCAGAAACAACACCAUGAAGUGGGUCAUAAUUCAUGAUUAAGAAAGAACAAAUAAGAAAGGCUGAUUUUAAAUGGUUAAAAAAAAGAAUGAGGGGAGAACUUUGUUUGAAUGCUUCUUUGUUGUUGUUUUUUUUGUCACUGGGGAUUUGGAUGGUAAAAAGCAGGAACCAACAGAAAGUAGAUUGACAUUAUCUAAACUAGGCUUACAAAAGACCCUGAUAAGGAUAAUGUACCUGGCAAGAGUUGAUUGCUCAAUUCCUGUCAAAAAAUUAGAAGAUGCAGAAAAACAAAUAUCUGUUGUAACAGCUGAAGGCUCAUUUUUGCUCUCUUUAUGUACAAAAAUCUAUUGGUACAUUUCAAUUGAUGUAAUCAUCACAGUAUCUAUACUUCGAUGGGACCUUUGCACAGGAAUGGAUGUUCAGUAUGUUGUGGUGCCUCUCAGAUCCAAAAGUCACCCUUCAAAGGAAAGGAAAUUUCAAAAGAUAUGAUGGAUAUAUUCUGUUUUUCUGAAAGUUAGUUAUUUCUGGGUACAGUUGAGUCCUUUAGUUCACUCUUAUUGUUACUAAUGAGGAGGAAGGUUCAACUUUUUGGAGACUUUUCAUCACAGUUUGGUACUUUUUCCACUAAAAAAUCUUUGAGACCCUCUAUGAGUUUUUAAUAUCAUUUAUUUGAUGCAGUAAUAUUUUGUAAGACUGGUACAAUGCCUUUCUAUUCAGUUGUUUCUAAAAUGUGCUGGUGUAUGAUGCUGUGGUUUAUGACACUCAUGAAUAUUAAAAGAAAAUCUCAUGCCUUGCAACAAUCAAUUCUCAGUAGCUAGAUGAGGUUUUCGUGUACUUGUGAAAAGAAACAAAAUAAAAACAACAACACUUAUGUGCACAAUAUGACACCAUAUACAGCUUGACUGCAGCUGCAGUGAAUCAUAUAAUCAGACCCUCCGAUAUUGUUGUAAUCGUUAUUAAUAUGAUUAUUUGAUCCAUCAGUCUGUUAUAUGACACUAUGCUGUUCCUACUAAUUUCACACACACUUUUACCAUUAUAACUGGUAUGUUGCUAUUAAUCUGUGAUUGUUGUUGUUGUGCCUCUUUGUUUCUGUCCAUCUUUCUCUUUCUGUUUCUUAUCUGUCACACUAUAUCUAAGUCCAACACAGUCAGCUGAAAACUUAUCAACACAGGUCUGGUUCUGCUCAAGGUUUCUGCCUGUUAAUAGGAAGUUUCUCCCCUCCAAAUGUUGACCAGAAAUGUGUUUUUUUUCCUGUCUCAUGUUUGAAGACCUGUCAGGUUUAUUACUUUCAGUGGGAUUUUAUCAACAUAGCCAGGGCAGACAUCAGUCUCUCCCUGGGUGUAUAGCUUGGCAGGUAGACAGUAGGCAGGUAAAAGCUCCACGCUUAGGCUAUAGAGGUCAGACCAGUUAUUCUGCCUUAGGAUUACACAACCUGAGCUCAAAACAUGACUAAAUCUUUACUCCAGAUGGAACCUUAGCACAUUUUAAAAAGUUUUUACACCAGUGCUCGUACUACUUGAUACUACCCCACACAUCUUUUUACACCACAGUCUAAAUCACUUAACUCAAAGCAGAGGUUUCUGCAUGUUAAAAGGAAGUUUCCAAUAAUCAAGAUCACUUUUUAUACACCAGCUUUUGGACAAAAACUUUUUUGAUCAGUGCAACUAUGUGUAGUUUGACAGUCUUACUGAGUACUGUUACUAGACAACCAAUAGUGAUUGCAGGUCACACAAAAAAAGACAGUUUGUGUCAUGACUUUGUAUUUCUAGCUUGAUUUGUUUGCCUGUUGAGAGUGCAGCUGAGGGGUUAAUGUGUUUACCCUGAAGAAAUGGAGGUGAAACUUUAGGCUUUUUCUGAAAGAUUUUAGAUUUUUUGUUAAGAUGCCUUUGUUUUUAUUUGUUUGAUAUACAGAAAAGAUUAUUAGGUAAAUCAGUCCUUUGCAUGUCCUGUAUUUGUAAUGGAUUACUCUGUUUUUUUUUUUUUGUCCGAUCACAGUACGCUUCACAGACUGCACAGAAGGCACAAGGUACCUGGUCCACACUGUUGACAGGCGGUUUGCAAUUCAGCGAGACGGCACAUUGAUGGUCAGUAGAGAGUGCCACAACUAAUGUUUUAAAAAUAGCUAUUUUAAUUCUCCUUGAUAAGCCUCAUGUGAUUAUUUAAUGAAAUGCAAAUUCAGUGAUGAUGACUACACAAGUUAUGUCAGCAGGAUUGAUUCAAAGAUGCUUCACUUUCAUGGUAUUAACUCUUGUUUCCUGAUUUAAGAAACUCUCAGCAUUAACAACUUUUAUUUCAGAACAAUGAACGUUUAAAAAAAUCAGAUAAGAUAUGAAUGUUACACUGAAAGAAGUCCUGUGAUUUUUAAGAUAUUACACAUUAGAUUCAGCCCAUGUUAAACACUGUAGAGGCUGAACAGCUACAACACUGAUGGUUAUAUAGUUGACCAACCCAAGCAUCAUCUAACUGUCUCAGUCGUUCUGUAGACUUUUCACAUGGAGGGCUUUUGUAAAUGAAAGAUGUGCCGACAUGUCAGUCAUCUUCUGAUUUGUCUACCCAGGUAAAGCGUCAAGUUGUUCUCCACGAGGGACAUGUGGACUUUUCGGUUAACUUUACAAACCUUCAAGGUCGCAAAAUGAGUGUCACUGUGAGGGUAGUGCACAACAGACAUCAUCAUGGUCAUCACAAUGGAGGACAUCAUGAGCAACAGCACGGGCAUCACAAUGGGCAGCAACAGGACGGACACCACCAUGAGCACCAUCGCGGCGAGCAGCAUGGACAUGAGCAUCAGCACCACCAUGGAGACCACCAAGGGCAUCAGAACGGGCAUCAUCAUGAUAACCAUGACCAUAACCACGGGCAUCAACAUGAAAACCACCAAAAUUCGGAGCAUCACCAUGGGGAUGACAAACAUCACCAGCAGCAUUCUGAAGUGGACUCGUCUGUGAACACAGAGGUGGGAUUGAGCACCACAGAAUGUGAUUCGGGAACCUGUUAAAUUCAUCAAUGAAAUCUCACAUUAAAGGUUUGCCAGUCAUAAAGUUAUAGCAGGUUGUCCCCACUAAACAAAUACACAGGAACAAAGAUGGCUGUAUCUCAUGCCAACACUGCCCCUAUGUGGCUGUAUGUGAAUUUGCAGGACUUUUUGUCUUCAAAGCUCCUAAAUGGUUUUCAGGCUAUAAAUUGUCUUUUUUUUCAUAAGCUGUAGAAAUUAUCAGUACUCAUCUGUUUUUGUAUUAUUUAUUUUUUUACUAGAAGAACAAACCUAUAAGAGCUCAUUUUUUGAAGCCAGAGUAGAUGACAGAAAGGCUCCAGUUUACAAUAUUGGAGGUAGUUAUGCAGUGAUAUACAAUAAUGUAAAAAAAAAAGCCCAGAUUUUUACUAUUUCAGAGACAUAAACAACUUUUGAAUGACGGUAAUGAUAGUGUGUGUCCACAGUAGCAUCUUACUCUGCCGUGGAUGUUACAACACACUGGAUAAUUCUCAUUCAUCGCCUCCAUUAGGAACUCAUAAAGCAGUGUUGAAUUUUUAUUUGCUCAGGUGACUUUAAUUGUAAGACAGCACAGGCUCACAUUACUUUUCAGCACUCGUGACAGAUUUUUGACUGCUGUGCUGCCAAAAGCACACCAGAUAAAGUUUACCAAACUUUAUACCUCCAAAAUAAACAGACUGUGAGAUGCCCUUCAUCCUGUCUACAUUUGGCUCUCCUAAAAAAGGACCCAGAUUAGUUUGUUGUUAAUUAUCACUCAUUUCAACAACACAAGUGAUUCUUUUGCACAGGUUUUCAACCCCCCAGUGACCAAUAGUUUUCCUUUUUGUUACAGACUGCAACUGAAAGGCCAGUCCCUGUUUUGAUUUUUCCCAAGUCAAGUAAAGGACUGAGCAGGAGGAAGAGAGACUGGGUUAUUCCUGAGAUCAGAGUUAGUGAGAAUGACAGAGGACCUUUUCCCCUCAAAGUGACUCAAGUAAGUAAAUUUACAUCUCUUUGGUACUACAUUGUAUAUUAGAUGUGUUUGUAAGAUGUUUAUUUCUCGGUUUCCUCAGACUUUUAUUGGUUUUGGUUUUAUGAAUUACAUUUUUUUCAAGUGUUUUUCACUCCUGAUCUAUUUUAUCUUAUCGCCCCUCUUCUUCUGAUGAAUCUUUGGUUACAUGUAUUUAUUAACACUUACAGAUGCAGUAAUAAAGCCAAGUUAUGUAAAAAAAAAACUCCUUUUGAUGAGCUAUGUAACAUUAAAUGUGAUAGCAUAUCUCAUUUACAUAAGGCUAGAUACAGCUGGAAGAUCAUUUAUAUAAGGUGACUCAUAUAAACUAUUUAUUCUUUAUUACUAAGGGUUAAUCAACAGAUGAAGCAGUAAUUAUAUCAUACAUCAUUGAAGGUAAUGGUUUAGUAGUUGUCAAAUAUGGUCAUGCAGAACAAGGUGUAAGUGAAUGCCAUAUAAUGAGUAGUAGAAAGCUUAUAUGGUACUAUUAUUAAUGCUGAUGAGCUACUUAAAUAAUGAAAAAGUGUUUCCCAGUCUAAAGUGUUACUCGGUACUCUCUAUAUUAAAAUGAUCUGACUCAGGCCUGCUGGUUUUUUUCCAGAUCCGUUCCAAUGAGGACAAACUAAAGAAGAUUUACUACAGCAUCACUGGUCCAGGAGCUGAUCAGCCACCUGUGGGUCUUUUCUCCAUGGACCGACUCACUGGUAAUCUGUAUGUUACACAACCUCUGGACAGAGAGAAACAAAGCAAGUACAUGGUGAGCAUCCUCUCUGCUGCAGUUUUAAAGAUACAUAGGUGUGACGUUCAGUGCUGGAACUGUGUCAUUAAUCCAUGCAAACUAAGAGCACAGAACUGCUGUUUGUCUUUGUUUUUGAUGUUUUGUACAAAUUUUGCCAUGCUGGUGAUUUUGUAGGUCAAAUUUCAUCCUCCCGUACUCUCCAAAAUCUAAUAUUUCAUAUGUUUCCUCCUUAUUGAAUCAGAUAUUGUCAUGACUGACCUUUCAUGUAUCUCAUAGUUCUCACCAAUGUCUUUCUUGGAGCAUGAAGAAUGUGUUUAAUGUCACUCACAGUUCUGCUUUCGUAAUAUUGAAUGAAAUAUGCAGAUUUACCUUGCAUAUCUAUUGUUGUAAAAGAGAUGGUAUGAUGGGUGUAUUUGUCUUUGUGCAGUUUCAAGCCUUUGCUGUGGCAGAGGGUUCAGGAAAUGCAGAAGAGCCAAUGGAGAUUGUGGUGAAUGUGCUUGACCAGAACGACAACAAACCACUUUUUACCCAAGCCACCUUCCUUGGAGAAGUCCCUGAAGCCUCACCAAUUGGUACGGCCUAUAGAUUAGAUUUUAUCCCAACAAAAAAGAAAAGCAAGUAGAAGCAAAACCUCCUGUUGAACCCAAUGAAAGAGCAGGAUGAAAAUGCUCCUGUUUGUCUACAAAGUCCAUCUGCCAGCAACUGUCUGUGUGCUGGGUCCUCUCACUUUGAUGAUCUUUAAUUUUUAUCAUCCUGUAGACAAAGUUUCAGCCAUGAGGAUGUCGUUUUAGCAAAAUUACAAAAUUCUCCAAAAUAUUGCUUAAGCAAUUACUCUGUUUGUGUGACACCUUUUUUAAUCGAAAUGUUUUGACAAGCAAGCAAAUCACAAGACUAAUAUUUGUGCCGUACUUUUAAUGCAACAAAUAAUUCAGGCUAAGUGAUUCAGACAGAGGGAAAAUCCAUGCACAAGGUUAAAACAAAUAAAAGUGUCGUAAACAAAGGACUCCAUUCAAACAAGAGAUGCUAACUGAGAAUAUACGAUCAUAUCACUAUCUUGAGACUACCAGAAAGAAGGAAUGAGAUAUAGAAAACUGACUGAAAUGUCCAAUCACUGAGUUGAUCCCGCAUAAGUGGUUCCCUUGGCUGGAAUGUAAUGAUGAUUCUCCUAAGACAGUGAGACAGGAUGAUUGAUUUCGGAUUCUGAAUUUAAUGAUUUUAUUCUUAAUCUCCCUUCUUCCUCUUCUUUGUCCAGGUUAUGAGGUCGUUAAAGUGAAUGCGACAGAUGCUGAUCAGAAAGAUAAUGAUAACUCCGAUAUCCGUUACCGUAUUAUGCAGCAGGAUCCAGUGCUGCCCAACGAUAACCUGUUUGACAUCAACUCGAUCACUGGAGCAAUCAGAGUCAAUGCUGGAGGUCUGGACAGAGAGGUGAGACUUGUACUUACUUUUACAACCAACAUUGAGGAAGAUAUUUCACUCAACCCCCAUUUUCUUAACUUUUCUGAAUUCGAUAGGUCCCUCAAAAUUAGAAACUAUUCUUUGUUUGACCGUUGGCUGUAAUUCAAAUAUUAAAAUAAAAAGCACAUCUGCUUUAAACUUUCUUAAAUUAAAUGCACCAAUAAAAGCAGCAAGGCUUGAAAAGGUGGAUUGGACUGAAUUCAAAGUUCAGGAAGCUAAAAGAAAUGUUAGUUUUGUAGUUAAUUUAUCUCCUUGUGAGUUUUUAUAAGGAUUUGAAGCCACUUUAUUAUUGCCAAGAUCAAGGGUUUUUAUGCUUUAUUUAAAGGCUUUGCCCUUCUUUGCAUUUUUAGUUCAGGUCCUAAAAUAUGGGUGAUUUUACAAACAUAUCUGGGCUGUUAUAGUAUGUCAGCUUUGGAAGGUAAUGUGCUAGAUGAUGAAUCAUGGUUGCAGAUUUUUAAGCUCAUUGUGUUUGUUUCUUUGCAGAAAUACCCAAAGUACACUCUGAGGGUACAAGCCGCAGACAUGAAGGGAGAAGGCUUAUCUACAGAGGCAAAAGUAAUCCUUACGGUCACAGAUAGCAACGACAACGCUCCGAUCUUCUCUCAGCCCUCUGUAAGUUCAGAAUUUCUGUGAAUGGAUCUCUCUCCUCAGUGGGACAGAUUCUGUCCUGAUAACAUUGAGCAAAUAAAACACAGCAUAAUUAUUUUUUUUUACAGCCUUGCAUAAAACAGAACUGCACAAAUAUUUGAGGGCGUUGAUCAGUGUUUUUGUCGAGUUUGUUCACACUAAUAAUGUGUGAUGACAAAUCUUAUGUUUUUCCGCAUGCAGUGAGCAGAUAAUAAUCUCAAGCCCUUGACUGGAACUAGGGAACUACGCUACUUUGUGACACAUUUAGGGUCCUUGCCAAUUCAGAAAAAAAUCUCACACCUGCUUCAUAUGAGAAGCGUGUUGGCAGUGUGGCUGCUGUUAACUGGUUUUAUACUUAUUCAUGCACGUCAUGUCUGCCUCUCACACCAAAAAUGACCUGUUUUUCUGUAAGCUGCACUCUAAUCUCAAACAAAAUACACAGAAAAAUGAGAAGUUAAGGGCUGCAGUGACUUUGGGUGAGCUAUAUUUCUAUCACUGAAAAGAAGUUGUUUGGUAGAACCGAGGGACACCUUAAACCUCAUGCAGCAAACAUGCUCCCUCUGCGACGCAGCUUUUUGAAAGUCUUAAGUUGGAUUUUGAAAAUUUAAGGUAAAAUGUGUCAAAAAGUUUUGUUAAGUACUAUAGGUCUUAAAUUAUGGAAGGAGCAUAUCGAAGAAGUCUAAAUGCACAAUCAAGUCUACACUGUCCUCAUAGAUUAAUAGAUGAAGUCUCACUGUUCUGUGUGGCUUUGCUUGUUCGUGUGACGAGUAGGCAUUUAUAAGAUUUGUUACAUAAUCAUUCACAAGAAUGAAUCAAUGCAAGGAUAAUACAGACAUGAAGUUACAACUGGCAUGAAAAAUUGUAUAUAUAUAUAUAUAUAUAUAUAUAUUUUUUUUUUUUCAUUUAGGUCUGAGAAGAACUUAAAUUUGAUUUUAUAAUGUGUACAACUCUGAUAGAGACCAUUAAUCAAGUCUGUUCUCUAGGGAGCAAAGAAAUGGUUUUCUGCGUGUUUCACAUGCACAUUUUGAACACAUCCCUUUCACUCUCCUAGUAUUUGGCGUCAGUGCCAGAAAACAAGCCGGACACCCAGAUCCUCACAAUGACUGUGACAGACGGCGAUGAGCCACAUUCCCCAGCCUGGAAUGCCAAGUUCACGAUUGUGGACGGUGACCCUUCAGGACUUUUCUCUGUGAAAACUGGAACCAACAAACACGAAGGAAUCCUUUCAACUACCAAGGUAGGAAGUAAAUGGAGAGGUCAUAAAGUAAGUUGCAGUUUGAGUGAAAAGAAGACAGUUAGUUGGUGUUAAUGUAUUUUUCCUGAUAUGUUUCAGUUUAAUAAAAGAAAUAGCAAAGUUUUGCUUAUGCGUGUUUUCCUUCUCUAAACCAGGGUCUGGACUUUGAGAAAAGCGCAAAGCACACUCUGUUGAUUGCAGUGGAGAAUGAUGUCCCUUUUGCUACUCCACUGCCCACUUCCACUGCCACGGUGGUGGUGACUGUAAUUGAUGUCAACGAACCCCCGAUCUUUGAUCCAGUAGUUAAGACUGUGUCAAAAAAGGAAGAUCUUGCUGUGGAUGCCGACUUGGUGCAAUACACUGCAGCUGAUCCAGACAUCGCUCGCAAACAGAAAGUCACGUAAGAGCCAUUUGUUUUUCGUUUAAAGCGUGAUGUCAAAAGUAAAAAGGCUGAAAAUAUGAUGCCUUUUACCAGUUAAAGCUAUUAAAAACAUGACUGGAUCCACAGAAGCUCACAAAACAGCCUUAGACCAGCUGAGCAUGAACUUAAACUUGUCUCUACCAAUCUCUCUCAGACAUGCUCUACAACAGAAAAGAGUAAUAUUAGUCAGAUAUAUAAUGUUGAGUUUCAUCGGCUUAAAGGUGAUAAUUGAUGUGGUGGUGUGUAAAAAGCAAAUACAGUGGGAAUAAUAUAGGCCCAAGAAUGCUUCCCCAAGGACUACUGUAUCUAAAAUCAUGUGUCUUUUACACACAGGCACCAAGUUUGAUUAAAAACCCUCUAUUGAAAAAAACCAGGUUAAAGCAGGGUCAAAGAGACCUGCCCAUUUCUCAAGGCUGUCUAUCAGAAAAUUGAGCACCAGCUGCCCUCUUACCACUAAAGGUCCUUUUCAUGAUUGAGUUAUUUUUAGAGUUACAUGUUUUGGGCAUAUUUGGUUUUAUUGAAAAGAGACAGACAAUGUGGGGAGUAGAGAGCUUGGAAAAACACAUGCACAGCAUGCCACAGCAAAAUGCGGUAGACUUUGCUCUUACAUCACUCUGUGUCUGUCUUUUCUCACUACAGGUACAGAAUAAUCCGUGAUCCUGCAGGCUGGUUGGAUGUGAACAAAGACACCGGACUGAUAAAGGUGAAAAGCCCCAUGGACAGAGAGUCCCACUUCACCAUAGACGAGAAAUACACAGCUCUGAUUGGUGCAAUUGACAGUGGUAGGUUGGAGGCUGAUAUUAAACCCUGCUCUCUGAACUUUUCUAACCAAAACACUUUUAGAUUGUCUGGAACCAACUCUAUUUGUUUUCCUGAUUUGUGAUGUUUCUUGUCAAACCAGAUGAGGUCCCGGCCACAGGAACCGGUACUCUAAUAAUCCAGCUUCAAGACGUCAAUGAUAAUGCGCCCACCAUUGUCCAGCGUGAAAUCAGGGUAAAUGUGUUUUCACAAAAGCUGUCCUGUGAUUUGAAGUGCACAUUGUGUAAGUCUGACGUGUUUUAGGCUCAUUCACACAUAGGAUGAUACUUUCGGUUGAUGAAACGGGACGUUUGGGGAAACACCCUGAAUGGUGUGGAUUUUAUGUAAACAGCAAAAAUAAAAGUUAAGGACACACUGAUGUACCUGCACUCAACAACUGGUAAUUCAAUAUGUUGCGUUUAUAAAACACAGUUUACUAUUGGCCAUGCACAUCACCCACAUAUGAUGUAUGUUCAUCUAUCGCAUUGCUGAGACAGACUGACUGAAACUUUUCCACAAAAUCUUUGCAGUAAAAGAGAAACAAAAGAGGGUUUUUGAUAAUAAACUCGUAUUCUGUGAUACUAGAAUAUACUGAUAUUAUCAAAUCGCUACAACAUAAAUGAAGUCUUUUUCUUUUUUUUUUCCAGGGCUAAUAUCGUUUUAAAAGCUGUAGUGGUAUUAUUAGCAGAUUUACAUUUCUCACAAUGUCAUUUUGUUUAUUUUGUUUUACCUCACAGGUGUGUAACAAGGACACGACUCCUCAGCUGUUAACGGUGACGGAUAAGGAUGGACCAGGCUUUGCAGCUCCAUACAGUGUUACCUUACAGGGCAUGUCAAAGACUAACUGGACUGCCAGGAUGAAUGAAACCAGUGAGUAAACUGUUAAUUGCCAAAUAAUAGCCAAAAAUAACUCUUUGCUACUUCUAAACUACCUGAAACCAAGACUAAGGAGAAAUCCUGCAGUCCUUCAAGUACAAACACUGUCCUCAAAGCUUUAAAAAUCAGCCAAGUCUGAUGUUUUGUAGGAUUAAAUCUAGUAAGACAGGAGAACACUUUUUUGGAUGAUUAUCAAAUGUGUCAGAGACGAACUAUUCAUUAAAGAAACGUGAACACUAAAUCUGAGAUUUUUCCUUGUGUUACAGAAACAGGCAUCAUCUUGAAUCUAGCCUCUGAGCUUCCAAAAGGAAGGUACACCGUGGUCAUGAGGGUCACAGACAACCAGGGCUUAGAGCAGGACAGCACAGUCCAGGCUGAAGUGUGUGACUGCUCUGGAGAGGAGGUGGUCUGCAGAGACUUGAGAGCAGGUGGCGUCGGCCUGCCUGUGAUCCUCGGAAUACUCGCAGGAAUCUUGUUGCUGCUCAGUGAGUCUGAUUUUCAGUUAUUUUGGUGUGACAAUGACAUGUUGAAAUGGCCGAAGGAACAAGUUAAGCAGGACCAAGAAGAAAUAUUGAAUUAGUCAUGUUUAAAUUGUUGUUAUAAUCAUGACCAAGAAGAAAAAGUACAUGCAUAUAUGAAAGAAGACCGACCAGGCAAUCAUUUAUUUGAUGCUGCCUGGUUCAAAGUUUAUUCACGAUAACUUGAGUUUACCCUUUUUCCAUGCAAAUAAAAAAAAAAAAGUCCAAUGAAGGGACCGACUUGGAUCACCACACUGGUGUCGCUCUACACAUCAAACAUUCACACAGUGAUUCAGAGAUAUAUGUAUCGUUGUAAAAUAUUGUGAUACCGGUAUUUGUAAUUUUUUUAAGCAUAUUGGAGAAAAGCGGACAGUAGAUGAUUUCCUCUUGGGCACAUACAGUUCAUCACGAUAUACUGUAUGAAGAAUCCUCAUCUAUACUACGAUUAAUGCUGUGUUUUCAUGUGCAUAAUAAACACUAUUGAAUUUAAUUUCAAUCAGACAGUCUGUCAGUCAAAGACUAGAUUGGAGAAUCAUCUGAAGGUUUGCUGACUGCUGGGUCAAUGUUGAUGUUUUCUUGGAGUUUACGGCUCUGCGGGGCACAGAUAAAGUCACCUAAACCUGUUUGGUAUUUUCAGUGCUGGUGUUGCUGCUGCUGCUGUUUGCAAGACGCAAAAAGGUGGUUAAGGAGCCUCUACUGCAGGAUGAAGAUGUUCGAGACAACAUCUACUACUAUGAUGAAGAGGGAGGCGGAGAGGACGAUCAGGUACUUUAAAAAAAAAAAAAUUGAGUUCCUUGAUUGUUCAGGCGUUGCACUGUUAGGAAAGUCAGGAUCAGAACACGGGUUUGUGUUCCUGUUUGGAAGAUCUGGACACUGCCAUGUCAGCUUAGCCAAAAAAAUGACCUAGCUCAAAGUUCAGUUUACACCAACUAAAAUGAACUAGAUCAUGUUCAUUUUUAAAGGUUAUAUAUAUAUAUAUAUAUAUAUAUAUAACACAUUCAUUUAGCUACAAAUUCUCUUUUUCAGUAGAACCACUUAUGUUUCAAGCCAUAUCCCUCAAGCUAAUUACCAAAAUAAAUGAAUGACAGUAUGCUGUUUUAGCUCCACAGACAGACAUUCCGUUUCAAACUCCUGCUAACUGCAUUGUUUGUACUGUCAGCAGGAUUAGCCAUGCUGAAUGCAUGGAGAGUGCUUAGCACCUCCCAUCACCUCUCUGAAUGUGAGUGUUGUUCACUGCCCCAGGAGUGAGCUACACUCAUGUUCCCAUUCAUGAGUUAUAAACUGAGCGGUUCAGAGUAUGUUCAAUGAACGCAAUCAUUUUUACUUGUUCACGCUCAACAUUGGGUCUGGAGGAUGUAAAUGAUAAACCUCUGUGUGUGUCACUCAGGACUAUGAUCUGAGUGUUCUUCACCGCGGUCUGGACAACCGACCCGACGUCUUCAGGAAUGAUGAGAUGCCCACCUUCAUGCCAGCUCCUAAGUACCGACCUCGCCCUGCCAACCCAGAGGAAAUCGGCAACUUCAUUGAUGAUGUGAGUUAAAGAAUGAAGAGCUCUUUCCUAAUAUUAAAGACCCACUCAGAUGAAAAUCACCUUUUUCUUGUUGUCUCUACGUCCAUAUGGCAUUUUUCUGAUACUAGAGGACAUAUCAUGAGUAAAAGAAGUCCGAAAUUGGAUUUUUGAGUAUUUCUGCAUUCAAUUGCUGUGAAUCUCUGGCCGACCCUAACAGCAGGAUCAGAUACAGUGAGAUUUCCUACGUCACAAAUCCAAGCUCUGUCCCCGGAGCUCCGCUAUGCAGGCUAGACUCAGAGAAAUAGAGGACGGUCGCUGAACAAGCGUGUGUGAUAGCGGAUUGAAAUGCACGUGAGAAAGCUAAUUAUGAUGUUAAAUUUCAUCCUGCCCCUAAAAGCAUUAGUGCUCGAGAACCGAAUAGCUUCUAUGUUACCUGUGUGCAGAGCAGUGCCAUCUCCGCCCACAACUCAGAGGUGAAUUGCUAAUGAGCUCUACAAAAGAAAAGCCCUUGAAAAUAACACAGGUAACACAAUUUUGGCUAAAAAAGUAAUAAUCACAAUUUAAAAACCACUGAGAACACUUUAAGUAGUAAAAAAAAAAAGCAAUAGGGGUGGGGCUUUAAGGAUCCAGAGUGGAAAGAAUUGUUAUUUGGAGUCUAUCAAAGAAAAAAGCUGCAGAGAGACUGAAUCAAACCCUCAAUGCUUCUUCUGUUGUUCCAGUUGUAAUGAUUUCAUUAUCAGUUGGAAGCAGCUACAUCACCUUGUUUUGCAGUUAGUACUUUAAAAAUGACAUAAUAUAUGCCUUGCUCUUCUUCCAGAACCUAAAGGCAGCUGACAACGACCCUACAGCGCCCCCCUAUGACUCCUUGCUGGUAUUUGACUAUGAGGGAGGCGGCUCUGACGCAGGAAGCCUAUCCUCUCUUAACUCGUCCAGCAGUGGAGAUCAGGACUAUGACUGCCUGAAUGAAUGGGGGCCCCGCUUCAAGAAACUGGCCGACAUGUAUGGAGGAGGGGAAGACGAUGACAUGCUGUAAAUUUGCAGAUCUAAGGAUACAUACUGCUGUGUGAAUGUGUGAAUGAUGUAGGCAUGAACUGAUAAAUGGAUGCAACCCAGGGAAAAAAACGUCGCACAGGCGCCAGUGGGCCUACAGGCUUUUUCUGGGGCUUGUGUGUCAGUCGAGUCCUGUUAGCAGCUACCUGCUCAGAAGCCAAAGGGUGACUUUGUUUUGUACAGGAAUUUCCAUUUUGUAUGGUUAAGCUCUGUAUUCCUGUCCUUUUUAUUACUGUUUCACCUCCUACAAUCUCAAUAACUCCUCAGUUUAAAUCUCUUUACUUAGUUGAGGAUCCACAUCAUCAUUUACUGCUGGUUCAAAGAGUUCAGGGCAGAUAUUUCUGUCUUGGUUCUUUCUGGGUGAAAAAGGACACGCAAACAGAUGCUUGCAGUUGCACUGGUGAUGCUUGUGUAAUUACAGCGAUGUAUGGUACUUUAUAUUUCUCUUUUCUGUCUUGUGGAGUUUGUAUCACUGAUUUAGUUCAAUAUCAUUGUCUUGUUUUUCUGUGUGAGGAAGUGAAAUGACAGACACCCGUCACCCUCCAAAGGUGAGGUUAAGGAGUCAUCAACAAAUGCUUUUUUAAAACCUUUAAGUGCCUGUUGUGCUGACGUCUCCAUCAGUUUGUACUUUUUUUUUUUUUUUUUUUUUUUGCAGUUGCCUCUGAAGGUACUCCAUGCUCUGUUCAUUUUGAGUUUUUUUUUUAUAAAGUUAUCUUAAUAGAAUUACA